AUGGAGUUUCAGGACAACAACAAAUCUCGUGAAGAUCAGAAGCAGGAGGAGGUGAAGAUCAAGGAGGAUGAUAAGGGAAAGAAACUUGGAGGCAUCAAAACAAUUCCAUUCAUACUUGCAACUGAACUAUGCGACAGAUUUUCUACCAUUGGUUUUCAUGUCAAUAUGAUAACCUACCUCACUCAGAAGCUGAACUUGCCUCUUGUAAAGGCCUCUAACAUUGUCUCGACCUUCGACGGAACCGCCAGCUUAACACCCUUGAUCGGUGCUCUGAUUGCUGAUUCAUUUGCUGGCCGAUUUUGGACAAUCGUCGUUGGCUCCAUCAUCUAUGAACUGGGAUUAAUUAGCAUCACCACUACAGCACUAUUGAAAUCACUACGUCCUCCACCAUGUCCUACGCUUGUGGGCUGCCAAGAGGCUUCCGGUUUCCAACUAAACAUCCUCUACUUUUCUCUGUUCCUCUUAGCUGUUGGCUUGGGUGGCACUAGGCCUUGUGUUAUGGCCUAUGCCGCGGACCAGUUAGACAUGAGCAAAUCAAGUGUCGAAUCUCGAAGCUGGAACUUUUUCAAUUGGUACUACAUUAGCUUGGGAUUUGCGAGACUAACUGCAGUGACUGUUUUGGUCUACAUACAAGAUAAUGUGAGUUGGGGAUGGGGUCUUGGAAUACCUACCAUUACCAUGGGCCUAGCUUUCCUUGUCUUUCUAUCUGCUUCUCUACUUUAUAAGAAAGUGAAACCAGGAGGAAGCCCACUGGUCAGGGUAAUUCAAGUGAUUGUUGCUGCUAUAAGGAAGAGAAAAGCUGUCUCACCAGAAGAUCCAAGUCUUUUGUACCAAAACAAAGAACUUGAUGCUGCUAUAUCUGCACAUGGAAGGCUUUUACACACCACUCAGUUCAAGUGGCUUGAUAAAGCAGCAGUAGAGAAAGAUGGUGAAGCAACAGAUUCCAGUCCACCGAAUCUAUGGAAGCUAGCAACCGUGCAUAGAAUAGAGGAGCUAAAAUCCUUUCUCAGAUUGCUUCCAGUUUGGGCAGCUGGAAUUUUACUUGUCUCAGCUAAUUCACAUAACAACAGCUUCAACACUCAACAGGCUCGCACUAUGAAUCGUCAUCUGUCGAAUUCCUUCCAAAUUCCACCGGCGAGUAUGUCUCUCUUCGGCAUCCUGACCGUGAUCAUAGGGCUCGUUCUCUACGAACGCCUCUUCGUGCCCUUUGCACGUAGAUUCACAGGGAAUCCUGCAGGCAUCACAUACCUGCAAAGAAUGGGCAUAGGCCUAGCCUUUAACAUUCUUAUGUCAGUCGUUGCUGCAUUGGUUCCUCAGCUUUCACUUCAUGGAAUAUCAGAAGUCUUCAUGUCUGUUGGACAGUUAGAAUUUCUUUACGAUCAAUCCCCAGAAAGCAUGAGAAGCAUCGCCUUGGGAUUAUUUUGGAUAGCAAGUUCUAUCGGAAAUUACUUGGGCACAUUUAUGGUGUCACUAGUUCAUAAGUACUCAGGACACAAGACGAAUUGGUUACCUGACAGGAACCUGAAUAAAGGAAAGUUGGACUAUUAUUAUUGGCUUGUAACCGGUAUCCAAGUUGUGAAUUUUGUGUAUUUUGUAAUUUGUGCUUGGUUUUACACUUACAAGCCCUUGGAAGAAGCCAGGGAAAAGGAUUCUGAAGAUGGUGCUGAAAGGAAGGGAGAGGUAGAACUUGGUACUGCUGAAAAACUUAAAAAUUAA